UAUCGCGUCGUAGUAUAAUCUUCAAUCAGAACUGUUUUAGCUCAUCAUGGACUGGGCAUUGCUUCCACUGGAACUGCUGGAGGCUAUCUUCCAGCAACUGUGCUUCAAGGAUCGACUGCAAUGUUCGCUGGUCUGUCACAAUUGGAAUCAGGCACUCUUCGAGUGCCCUACGCUCGCCCGGAGCAUAGUAUUCUCGAUUGGUCCCGCCCGCUCGGAGCAUCUGCAGAAGGUCAUACCGAUGAGUGAACGAAACUAUCGUCAGCUGGCUAUCACAUUGAGUGAUGGAUGGAACCGAGAGACCAACGAUUGCCUCAAGCAAGCUGUUCAGCGGUGGAACAUUGGGUUUAUAUCUUUGGUAGGAGAACCGAACCUGGUGCGAGAUUGCUUCCAGUGGAAUGGACAUCUAUUCAACUCUAUCACAGAGCUGAAUCUGGAGUUUACAUUGAACCGUGCUUGGCCAGCGGUUGAGGUUCGAGAAGUUGAAUUGAGUCAGCUGAAGAAGAUGCACUACCUGCAGGUCUACACUGGUUCUACUAAGGUGAACUGUCAGUUUCGGUUUAUUGUUCCGAAGAUGGAAGAUGUUUCCGUGGUGUUGGAUUCGCUGGCAAACGAGGAAGCCAUGUACUGGGAGGAUCCGUUGAUUGAAUUGACCGGUUGCGUCAAUGUUAGGUCGGUGGAGAUUGACUUGAACGGUACCAUGUGGGAAAGUUUCUUCGCAAUACAUAAACCGCAUAUGGAGCGACUGAUAAUCCGUCGGGCUAUCGAUGAGUAUCAGAGCCGCGAUUGGGAUUGCCAGUUUACCAAUAUGCCCAACUUGCGCCACGUGGAGUUUACGUUUGCCAACAAUGAUAUGCUUGCUUGCUUGAAUCGGCACUGCAAAAGAGUUGAGCGACUUCAAAUUAACGGAUUCUGUCUGGACGAUGGUAACUUCGUCAGCAGUAUGCAGUUUCCGUUGUUACGAAAUCUACACAUGGACGGUUGGUUCAAUGGAUCGCUCUUUUCGAAUGAACUGACUCUUCGAUUGGAUAACCUGGAGGAACUCACCUGGAAGUACGUGGAGCUGGCCCCAGUUCAGGAUACAUUUACCCUUAUUACGCCCAAGCUGAAACGAUUAACACUAAGAGGUUGCGAGUAUGUACGAUUUCAUCUGGACAUCGGCAAUCGCUUGGUAUCACUCGAUAUGGAUUACUACGGCGUGCAGAUGGCAGCACCCAUGUUCCUCGAUUACCUGGAUAACUUACAACACUUGAUCCUGCACAUCAACGGUCGUUCGUCGAUGCUUGUCCAAAAGAUGUGCCACAUUCCGCACGUCAAACGAUUGGAGGUGGUGUGCUCAACGGAGAGCCACGGCUACGAUUGUAAUGCCUUGCUGGAAAGCAUGAGCCAGAAUUUCCUUGAAUUGGAGGAAUUUGUCCUUCGGAACGAACAUGAAAAUCAGCUCAGCAUCGAUUACGGGCAGUAUGUGAGACUGUCCCAGCUGAGGCAGCUUAAAACAUUAACUUUGCAGUACAUUACGAUACGCAACGUUACCGGCGAGAUUGGACAGAAGCACGUGCCGCAGCUGAACGUGUGGGGCUGCUCGACCCUAGGAGUCUGUACUGGGACCGAUAUAUUUAGUUCGAUGGUAAUUGAAGGGUGACCUUUGUGAACAAGCACAUUGCAGCAGUUUUGGCGAGGAAAGUAUGUUCACGCCUUGAAAGCGCGAGCUUUGAGCGGCGGUUAAAACCGAAGCUAUUCUGUAACAGUUCAGACAGGAUGAUUGCGUCGUAAUUGAAAAGAGCAGAUAAUAAUUUCAUUAAAACUCUAAGUAGCAUUGAAAAUAGCAAUGCACGACGACUGACCUUCGACUCUGAAACUGAUCGAAAGGAAUGUACUACCUUUUUAGCAUCACACACGGAGUGCUAUUUUAAGAAUAAUUAUAUGGAUAACUCUAAUAUAGAAGUAU